AGCAACGUCUGCUGUUUCAACAAAUCAGGAACUCGAACUGGACCAACGUCGCAAAGCGCGCUUAAUAUUCAUAACGCAAGCCUUUGCCAUAGUAGUGUUUAUAAAUUCUCUUGUUGGUUUCCUCGAUUACGAUGGCAACUAGUCCCAAAAGACCCUCAUUAGGGGCUAUGGCCCCUCGUAAAAAAGCAAAUCCAAAGCCUGAACUGACAGAGGAGCAAAGACAGGAGAUCAGAGAGGCAUUUGAUCUGUUUGACACCGAUGGUUCUGGUUACAUUGAGGUGAAAGAAUUAAAGGUGGCCAUGCGUGCACUUGGUUUUGAGCCUAAAAAAGAAGAAAUCAAGAAAAUGAUUGCAGAGGUUGAUAAAGAUGCUACUGGAAAAAUCUCUCAUAGUGAUUUUCUCGCAGUGAUGACCCAGAAAAUGGCUGAGAAAGAUUCAAAGGAAGAAAUUCUUAAAGCAUUUCGUCUGUUUGAUGAUGAUGAGACCGGCAAAAUAUCCUUUAGGAAUCUAAAGAGAGUCGCCAAAGAACUGGGUGAAAACCUCACGGAUGAGGAACUACAGGAAAUGAUUGAUGAAGCAGACAGAGAUGGUGAUGGGGAAGUAAACCAGCAGGAAUUUCUUCGCAUUAUGAAGAAAACAUGUUUGUACUGAACGUUGUCGUAAGCACAGGAAUGUGAGAAAAUUAAUGUAAACAUUUUCUAGAUUUUUAUGAUUUGAGUUUUCCUUCACAGUAUCAUUCCAAAACCUCAAAGCCUGUUAACACCAGUGGUCAUUUAAGAUCUCUGUGAGUUUGCCAAAUAAUAAAGACGUCAGCCGUUUACAUGUUAUAUUCUUAAAUCUUAAAGAUCAGUAAACAUUAGCACAUAACAGAGGUUUGUGUGAUUGAUUCGUAUUAGACUCUUUAUGAGCUAUGCCUUAGGGUUUUUUCAUAUAAAAAUAUUUUAUCACUUAAUAAAUUAUCCUGAUCCCUUUGUGUUAUAAUAAGAUGUAAAGUGUCUUCUGUAAACUUGAUCAUCACUCUGUUCUGCUGUAUGCUUUCAGGGACUUAAGAUAUAGAUAUAUAUUUACUGUAAUCCCGUCUCUGUGCCUGAUAGAUAAUAGAUUUCUGCACUUGUAGUGAAUACACUGCAAAAAAAAAAGAGACUUUUACUUGUUUUAGUCAAGAAGUUUUAAUCAAAAUGUAUUUUCUUGCUGAGCAAAUGACUUAAAAUAAGUUUAGUUUUAGACAAGAAAUAUAACAUUUAGGUGAAUUUGCGCAUAAAGCAAGCAAACAAUCGGCCAGUGGGAUAAGAAAAAAAUCUUGAAAUAGGUUUACUUUUUUCUUAAACACUUAAAGAAAAAAAUUAUUAUCCCAUUGGCAGAUAUUUUAGCUUGUUUUCUGCCCAUAGUUCACCCAGAAAUAAAAUUCUGUCAUCAAUUACUCACCCUCAUGUUGUUACAAACCAUUCGUGGACCCCAUUCACUUCUAUAGUAUUCAUUUUUCCUUCUAUGGAAGUGAAUAGGGGGCCACAAAUGUUUUGAUAAUGAACAUUUCUCAAAAUAUCUUCCUUUGUGUUCAUCAGAACAACGAAAUUUAUGUGGGUUUGUAACAACAUGAGAGUGAGUAAAUGAUGACAGAAUUUUCAUUUUGGGGGGAACUGUCCCUUUAAAUGUAAUUUUUUUUUCUUAGGUCAUUUUUCUAAUCAGAAAGUACAUCUUGAUUUAAGUAUUAAAGUCAUUUUUUUGUAGUGUACCACUGUAUCUUGUGAUUCUGUGAUUAUAUUUUUUACUUUUAACCAUUCAGAUGUUGUUUUAAAAUAUUAUUUAAAGUAGAAUAAAUGAUAUUAAGCAGCUGUUAUGUUGUUCUUUUAUUGACGCUAUUUAAAGAAGUGCAAGUAAUUGUAUGUGAUCCUGUCUGUGAAAUACAUGGGUUAAUGACAUGACGAUAAUUAUUUUGUGUAAAUUAAAUAAAUAAAUUUGCAGAUUACUUGCAUACAUUCUGUAAAAUUCUAAGUCUAAAAUUCCUGGUUUUAUUUAAUUUUAAAAGAAACUUUGGGGGAUAAUUGCAAAAAUGUCAAUUGGUGUAACUAGUAUUUUUUUAAAUG